CCCAGGCUUUGGAAGAACUAUUCUUUAUCUGGGACUUCGCAAGCUGACGAGUGUCUUGGUUGAAAGGGCUACUGUCACUCAUACAGGCAUGCAUCAUGGAUACUUUUUUCGAGCCAAUAAGCUUACAUUAAUUGGUGCUGAGCAAGUGGGCUUUUUAGACUGCCACUGGAAUGGAGGGUACAUGACAAUUGGCAGUUCAGUUGCCCUUUUUUCCAGUUAGGCAGUUACAGAGCGAGGAAAGGCGAAAACCAUGAAACAUACCAACGGCGACAAUCAUCGGCGCAUUUCCUGCACCGAGUCACGAAGACGAUAAGCACGGAUAAAGUGGUCAAAUAGUGGCAAUCAUUGAAGCCUUGGCGAGCAGAAGUAACUCACCAGGACAUCAAUUCGGUCAAUAAUCAUAUGUUGUCAAAAUAUUCCACAUGGCAGCGGUAAGGCAGUAACAAUGUGUAGUUUACAUGCAUAUUUACCAUGGUUUAACAUUGGGAAUCGUGAUAAAAAAUGAGUUAUGAACUAAGCGUGUGCCAUUGUAUGUCAUUCAUAUGAGAUCGAGGUGGCUGGCUAUAUAUAAAGGCCGAAGAAGCUUCAGGAAAGAAGUGCCCCCACUCACUUGAAGCAGGACCGGUGACAGUGAGGCAGCAAGCGUGGAUCAUCCGAGCGGAAGCGGAAGCGCUCGCCCUCCUCCAGCUCCGGGAAACCGUCGCGAGAAGAGAGGCUCGUCUCCUCCUCCGCCGCCGCCACCGGAGCGACCACGAGGUGACGACCAUGGCGUGCUGGAGGUUCUCCGUGAGGCGGCGGCGCAAACGACGACGACGAGCUAUGCGGAGUAUGAGUUCGCCGUCAUGGUGGCGGCGCUCACGCACGUCAUCAGCUCCGGGCGGCCGGCGACCAUCACCGGUGGUGCAACCGUGUCCGGGCAGCAAGCAGUGGCGCGCCAACACAGUGGUCCUCAGGACGGGGCGUCGACGUCGUCUACAUCGUCCGAGCAGCAUCACCAGCAGACUGUCGUCGAGCGUCCACGCUACCGCGGCGUGCGCCAGCGGCCGUGGGGCAAAUGGGCGGCGGAGAUCCGCGACCCCGUGAAGGCUGCGCGGGUGUGGCUGGGCACCUUCGACACGGCCCAGGACGCCGCCCGCGCCUACGACGCCGCUGCGCUCCGCUUCAAGGGUGCCAAGGCCAAGCUCAACUUCCCCAGGGCCGGUGCUGUAGCUGUACACGCCGGCACACCACCCCGCCACACCACCGGACAGUUGGUACGUGAACAGCCCGGGCCAGCACGAGGCGCGGCAUUGCCGUUGACGCUGCCGCUGCCGCCGCAGCAGCGGCCACCCAUGGUGCUCGUCCAUCCGCAGAGCAACACCUCGGCGGCAGCUCGGGAGGAGUUCCCGGACCUCCUUCAGUACGCGCACAUACUGCAGAGCGGCGACGUGGACCUGCGGGCUGUUGCGGCUGGCAGGUUAACGCCAGGGCAGUCGUCGUCCUCGACGCCGGUGCGCCACUCGGGGUCGCCUCCGCCUCCGCCUCCGCCUCCGCAGGAGGAUCGGUCACAAGGCGAGGGAAGUGCAGGCCCUAGCGGGCCUAACCGCUAACUAACUAGCUCUGAUCAUCGUGUACGUGGAAGGAAAACAAGUUUUUUUUUCUUGUCCUUCUUUUUCACCAAAAUGAUAGACAGAGAAGGCUACAACAGCCUGUGGCUGGCUAGCAUGUACCUCGCGGGUACGCUGCAUGAUGUCAUUGUACUGUAUACUUAUGUAUAGGUUAGCAUGACUAAAUAUUAGAAUGUUGUUCUCUAUGCCCUUGGCGUACCGUCGAACGUAACUUCAUGAACGGUGUUUGGGUCAAUGAACCCAAUGUCAUAGAGCUUGCCUCUUU